UAUGCAAAUGAGCCCUCGCUCAGUUCGCGGACGUGCCAAAGCGGUGUGUGGAGAGACAGGAAAAGGGGCGGACAGUGUCCCUCAGCCGGCACAAUUUUAACCCAUCUCGUUUAUUUCGGUGUUUCUGCGGAACGAAAAUGUCGAAGCCUGACACCAAGAAGUUUUUUGAGAACCUCUCCGGAGCUGGGAAAGCCAUAGCGGUGCUGACGAGCGGAGGAGAUGCUCAAGGUAUGAAUGCCGCCGUAAGGGCUGUGGUGCGAAUGGGAAUCUACGUGGGAGCCAAAGUCUACUUCAUUCACGAGGGGUAUCAGGGUAUGGUGGAUGGAGGUGAUAACAUAAAAGAGGCCACAUGGGAGAGUGUGUCCAGCAUGCUGCAAGUGGGUGGCACUGUGAUCGGAAGUGCGCGGUGUAAAGAGUUCAGGGCACGUGAAGGACGUCUGAAGGCGGCCCAUAACCUGGUGCAGCAUGGCAUCACUAACCUGUGUGUCAUUGGCGGAGACGGCAGUCUGACAGGCGCCAACCUCUUCAGGGAGGAGUGGAGCAGCCUGCUGGCUGAGCUUGUGCAGCAGGGUCUGAUUGAUGACGAGGCUGCGCAGAAAUAUUCAGCCUUGCACAUCGUGGGAAUGGUGGGAUCCAUCGACAACGACUUCUGCGGCACAGACAUGACGAUCGGCACGGACUCAGCUCUGCACAGAAUCAUCGAAGUGGUGGACGCCAUCAUGACUACUGCUCAGAGCCAUCAGAGGACGUUUGUGCUGGAGGUGAUGGGUCGACACUGUGGCUACCUGGCGCUGGUGAGCGCUUUGGCCUGCGGUGCGGACUGGGUUCUGAUUCCCGAGAUGCCUCCUGAAGACGGCUGGGAGGAGAAGAUGUGUGAGAAGCUCUCUGCGAAUCGGGCAGGAAGAAAAAGGCUGAAUAUCAUAAUAGUAGCCGAGGGCGCCAUUGAUCGUAGCAACAAGCCUAUAACCACAGAUCGUGUGAAAGAUCUAGUGGUCCGCUGUCUGGGCUUCGAUACACGUGUGACUAUCCUGGGUCACGUCCAGAGAGGAGGAACACCGUCAGCCUUCGACAGAAUCCUGGCCAGUCGUAUGGGCGUGGAGGCCGUAUUGGCUCUGCUGGAGACCACGGCUAACACACCGGCCUGCGUCGUCUCGCUGUGUGGAAACCAGGCUGUGAGGCUGCCUCUCAUGGAGUGUGUGCAGAUGACCCAGGAGGUACAGAAGGCCAUGGAUGAGAAGAAGUUUGAAGAUGCUGUAAAGCUUCGUGGCAGGAGUUUUGAGAACAAUCUAAAGACCUACAAGCUCCUGGCUCAUCGCAAGCCAGAAUCUGAACUUCCACGUAGCAACUUCAACGUGGCGGUGCUGAAUGUCGGUGCUCCGGCAGCGGGUAUGAACGCGGCCGUGCGCUCUGCCGUCAGAGUGGGCAUCUCCGAGGGGCACAAAAUGUUCGCCAUCAACGACGGCUUCGAGGGCUUCUAUAAGGGACAGAUAAAAGAGAUUAAAUGGGGAGAUGUAGGGGGCUGGACAGGCCAGGGAGGAUCUCUGCUAGGGACUAAAAGGACGCUUCCCGCAAAGCACGCUGAAAAAAUCGCUGAGCAGAUUAGGAAAUACAACAUAAACGCACUGCUGGUCAUCGGAGGGUUUGAGGCCUACCUGGGGAUCAUGGAGUUGUUAGCAGCCCGUGGAACAUGGGAGGAGUUGUGUGUGCCCAUGGUCAUGGUGCCAGCCACAGUCUCCAACAAUGUGCCAGGCUCAGACCUCAGCAUUGGCGCAGACACCGCUCUGAACGCCAUCACUCAUGUAAGUGCGGCUUGUUGCUCCCUCUAUGAGGCUCGCAACAACUAUGAGGAGUUUUGCAUCCCACUGUGUAUGCUGCCUGCUACAAUUAGUAACAAUGUGCCUGGUACUGACCUUAGUAUCGGGGCAGACACUGCCCUUAAUGCCAUCGUGGAGACAUGUGACCGUAUCAAGCAGUCAGCCAGUGGGACAAAGCGGCGUGUGUUCAUCAUCGAGACGAUGGGAGGGUACUGUGGUUAUCUGGCCAGCGUGGGCGGUCUGGCAGCAGGUGCUGACGCCGCUUACAUUUAUGAAGAGCCCUUCGACAUCCGAGACCUGCAGUCUAACGUGGAGCACUUAACAGAGAAGAUGAAGACCAGCAUUCAGAGAGGACUCGUCCUCAGGAAUGAGAACUGUAACGAGAACUACACAACAGAUUUCAUUUAUCAGCUCUACUCAGAGGAGGGCAAAGGCGUGUUCGACUGCAGGAAGAAUGUACUUGGCCACAUGCAGCAGGGAGGUGCUCCAUCCCCAUUCGACCGCAACUUUGGGACUAAAAUCUCAGCCAAGGCCAUGCAGUGGAUCUCGAAGAAGCUGAACGAGUGCUACAGGCAAGGGAGAGUGUUUGCUAACACUGAGGACUCGGCCUGUUUGUUGGGGAUGCGUCGCCGUAACCUCAUCUUCCAGCCUGUUGUUCAGCUGAAGGAUGAGACGGACUUUGUUCACAGGAUUCCUAAGGAGCAGUGGUGGCUGAAGCUUCGUCCUCUGAUGAAGAUCUUGGCCAAAUACAAGACGAGUUACGACGUGUCUGACUCGGGCCAGCUGGAACACGUCGUACGCAGCCGAGGCAAGGAGAGUGACGUCACUGCCGCCAUCUGAAGUCACACAAGGUCGCAGCAGGGUCAAAUGUCACCCUGUUGUGUGUAGGGUGUGCUGACACAGAUGCUUCCGUUCAUCUUCAUCGCGAACUAUCGGCUUUUCGUCUCGUCGUUAAACCCGCUCAUCCCUCCCCCGGUCGUGUCCUGAAUGUGCUGUACGGAGUGGUUUUAGCAAGAGAUCAGUCGCUUCCUCGGCUUUUAGUGCUUUUAGCCAUGAUGUAAGCCACUGUCCGCUGCCUCAAACUUUCACCUCUGCUGUGUAAACACAAUAUUUCUCUCUGUUAAGGCGGAGCUGUACUGUAGAUCCACGUGUUAGUAUCCAGAUGCUGUAACUUAUCUUUGAGUCCAGUGCAAUCUCCCAAGCACGGUUUGGUGUGUGGAUGUGUGACUAUCAUGUGUUUAACCAAUAAAGUACACCUUCACCUGCUUGUUGAAA